UAAACUAACAAACUGCCUUUCUCCAUCUCCAAUCAUAUAACCCCAGCAAACCCCCCUCUCUCUUUUCUCCCGACAUUCUUCAUGUUUUUUCUCUCUCCAUUAAAGAUUUGAGAAAUCUUCAUCCUUUUACUACCACAUCCGAAGUGAUUUUUCUCGAUUGAUCAAGAAAUCGUGAAAAUUGAAUUUGAUUAGUGUUGGAGGAAAUGGAGAGCUAUUUACCAGUUACAAAUGCGAAAGCAGAGAGGCGAUCGAAAUCGAAGACGGUUCAAAACACCUCCAAAUCUCCUCUUUUAAUGGGUUUCCUCUCUUGCCUUGCGUGGCUCUACGUUGCUGGCCGGUUGUGGCAAGAUCCACAGAACCGAACUCUGCUUGCUGGUUUAUUGAAGAAGAAUUCUGGUCAGAAAACUCUAUUAGGGGGAAGAGAAUGUGACAUAUAUGUUGCGUCGGUUGCGACGCAACAUAAUCAGGGGGUCUUGGAUGUCAGGGUUUUUAAAAAUCUGGAAGAAAGAGGGAUCGUCGUGCGAUUUGUGAUCGGAAGGAGCCCUAAUCGCGGUGAUAGCUUGGACCGUGGUAUUGCAGAGGAAAAUCGUGCAAAUGAAGACAUUCUGAUACUUGAUCAUCAUGAGGAGGCCCAGGAGGAAAUGCCCAACAAAGUGAUACUCCCUUUCUUGAUUAGUUUACACAAAAAUUUCGUAUGUGAAAAGAGGUAAAUCAUUAGUAAGUACUUGAACCUGUUU